CAUCCACGCACCGCCCCUCCACUGAAGACAGCACACACACACUCUCUCCUCUCCGCCAGACGCGGUGUGUGUGUGUGUGUGUGUGUGCGUAUGCGUGCGUGCGCAUCCGUGUGUGUGUGUGAAGAACCCCCGUGCGUAAUUACGCUCGGCGCAUGCAUGGUUCCUGGGUGCGCUGAAUGUCUCCAACCCCCCCGUGGAUCGCGUCACUUCUCUCCGAGGAACGUGAAGUGUUUGGCCGCAUCAUCUUGACGGAGGACCGGGAGGACGCGGGCGCACGCAACCGAGAAGCCGCGCGUCUGAACCGCUGGAUGCCAUGGAUUAGCAGCCUCAUUCCUCAACUCCUCCACCUCCACUUCUUCUUUUUUUUUUAUUUUUUUUUUUAGUUGCCAACUCUGACACCGACUCUCCAUCACGGGAUUAUUUCCACGACAUUUACCGCCGAGAUGACGGAGGAGUGUGUGUUGCGCUGCGUGCUGAUGCUCUGCUGCGCGCUCCUCUCCGCCAACGCCAGCAACUGGUUGUACUUGGCCAAGCUGUCAUCAGUGGGAAGCAUCCGGGACGAAGAGACUUGCGAGAGGUUACGAGGACUCAUCCAGAGACAGGUUCAAAUCUGUAAACGCAGCGUGGAGGUGAUGGACGCGGUGCGUCGGGGCGCCCAGCUGGCCAUCGACGAGUGCCAGUUCCAGUUCCGCAACCGCCGGUGGAACUGUUCCACUCUGGAGACCAUGCCAGUGUUCGGCAAGGUGGUCACCCAGGGCACCCGCGAGGCGGCCUUUGUGUACGCCAUCUCAGCAGCCAGUGUGGCGUUCGCGGUCACACGGGCUUGCAGUAGCGGAGAGCUGGAAAAAUGCGGCUGUGACCACAACGUGCAUGGAGUCAGUCCAGAGGGAUUCCAGUGGUCGGGCUGCAGCGACAACAUUGCUUACGGGGUGGCUUUUUCUCAGUCCUUCGUGGACGUGAGGGAGAGGAGUAAAGGCCAGUCCUCCAGUCGGGCCCUCAUGAACUUGCACAACAAUGAGGCGGGAAGGAAGACCAUCCUGGCCCACAUGCGCGUGGAGUGCAAGUGCCACGGCGUGUCGGGCUCGUGCGAGGUGAAGACCUGCUGGAAGGCCAUGCCGCCCUUCCGCAAGGUGGGCAACGUCAUCAAGGAGAAGUUCGACGGCGCCACCGAGGUGGAGCAGCGCAAAAUGGGCUCGGCCAAAUUCCUGGUGCCUCGCAACUCCCAGUUCAAGCCCCACACGGACGAAGACCUGGUCUACUUGGAGCCCAGUCCGGACUUCUGCGACCGUGACCCGCGCACACCGGGCAUGCUGGGCACGGUGGGGCGGCAGUGCAACAGAACCUCCAAGGCCAUAGACGGCUGCGAGCUGAUGUGCUGCGGCCGCGGCUUCCAGACGCAGGAGGUGGAGGUGGUGGACAGGUGCAGCUGCAAGUUCCACUGGUGCUGCUACGUCAAAUGCAAACAGUGCCGCAAAACCGUGGAGAUGCACACUUGCCGGUGAUGGUGAACACGACGCCCGGACACCGCCAACCUUUCCACUAAACUGACCGAGUAGCUGAGAGGACCACGGAGCUUCCCGUUCCUCAUCUCUUCUCCUUUACCGAGCAUCGUUCACUUCCUCCCUUUUUUUUAUAACCUUUAACUUAUUUGCUGAGACUGAGGAGCUUAUCUGGGAUUGACUCAGAAGGGGGUCGUCGCAUGGAGAUAAGGAGGGAUAAACCGCCCCCUGGAUGGGUGGGGUUAAGAGAUUUGGGUCUAGAAGAGAGCUGGGUCCUGGCUGCUGCUUCAACCAUUCAAUUGGGAGUGAGAACGGACUCAAAGGAAAGACUGGACCGGACACAGGUGGACUUUCUGUGUGCUUUCUGUGUAAACGGCUGCACUGAGCUUUGUUAACAGAACCCGCUGAAGUUAGCACGUUGUGUAACUCGGAAAUAAAAACAAUGAUUUACAAAUUC